AUGGCUCUUCAUGAAGAUAACAACAGAAAGGCUUCUCACUAUUCGAUCGAUCAAUUGCUUGCUUUGAAAAACUCUCUUCCUGCCGUUGCUUGUAUAGUCAACAAUAUUAACAAGCACCCUGAUAUUGUUCUCUUGAAACAACAAAAGUACACACGCCCUGAAGGUACAACACGUCGUGGAGAAUCUUCUUCAUCCUCGUCUCAAUCCAUACGCAGUCAAGGAAGCUGGUGUCUUCGUCAAAAUCCAAAUUUUGAGUCACGCCGCACCUUUGACAAUCAAAUUCAACCACACUCUGCACCCACCAACGUGGCAUUACAUCAAGCUGAAAAUUUUCGAAGAUUUUACAGAGCCGUUGUUUCUCCAACCCACGUACGAGUCACUGCUGGUGGUCGCAUAGUCCCAAACACCCGAGCAAUGGCGCCUCCAUCAUUUGAGCCUACCAGUGAUAAAAAUUUCACGCAGUCUUCGAAGCAAAUAAAGGAUAGAGAAGAACUUGAACCCAGCCAGCAUGCUGGUAGCAUUGCAGGUGAUUCUCAAGCAUCUCUUAUUUCUGUUGGCGCACAAGGUCCUCCUGGCUUUCAUCCUGCGUUUUCUGGUUGUUUUCUGCCACCUUACGGUUAUUUUCAGCAAGGCGUAGCAAAUAUGCCUGGACCAGCUUUUGGUUACCCAGGUCACAAUCAGCUUCCUCAUCAAGGAGCCAAUGGCAAUGACAGCUCAUCCAAUUCUUUGCAACCAGUUAGAGUCUCUCAUCCUGGUCAGUUUGAUCCUAAUCGUCCAUAUGUAAUGGUUAAUAACCAACUGUGUUUUCCUGCCUCGGGCUUUCCUCAACAUCCCAACGGAUUUCCUUCCGGUUUGAUGGGCAAUCCAGCAUUCGGCCCUCCUAUUCCAGGCGGACCUCCAGGGCACCACAUUCCACAUCCAAUCCACGGGCCCGUCCCAUUUCCAAUGCCGCCUGGCAACUUUCCUGUCCCCAUGAUGCAACACCCAAAUGGUCAAUUUUUCCCAAUGAUGCCACAUCAAGGUCAAGCCCAACAAGGUUCUAUGGCUUCAAUGCCACCAUUCCAAUCCGCUUCCACGGAACAGAUCCUUCAACAACAUCGAGACCAUCUCGUGAUGCUUGAAGAUCAUAUCUCUCGCCAAUCAUUGCAAUCAGUUCCUUACUGGACGACUCAACGCCAAGUCCUCACGGGAGAAAUCGCAAGAUUAACAAGUCUACUUCAGUCUGAGCGCGAUCAGCUACACAGUGUCAAGUUUGAAAGGCCUACAUCUCAAACACCUAUAGAUUCUGGGAGGUCUCUAGAUGCUCAGUCUACCAGCAGUGAGGUUCGCAGUCCAGUUAUUGUUAGCUCUAACGCGAGUACCAUCUUGCCCAGCCAGGAACCCUCGGUCGCUUAUGCAAACUCAUCAGCCCACACCACGCGAAGUGUCAAUUCCCCAACUGUGCAGCGGACUACCACCGCUAAGCCUGGACCUGGCUCUAGAUUGCCUGCUACAGCAGCAAUGGCACCGCCAUUCCAACCUCGUGGCUGCCGCUUAGAUCUCAGCGCUGCUGAGUGGGAGGAGUUUGCUAGGGUAACUGAUCCCCGUCCUGAGGGUCGAACGUCACCUCCAGCGACACCGGAAAAUACAGCUCAAAGAUUGGCUCGACUCAUGGGCAAUUGUCAGACUCGUUGGGAAGAUUCUGCUGCUGGUUCAAGUAUGAUCAGUAUGCCAAGAUCUCAAACAAUGCCUGUUACUCAAUUACAGACACAUGCAGCUUCUAUGCCAGGAUUUCAAAGAGCUGACACUCAUCCUACCUCUGCCGCGCAGAUGGCAUCAAGUUCUUAUGCCGGUGGUGCUAAUACAAACGGUGCAAACUUCCAGCCAUACGCCAGAGUGCAUACUCAAAGCUUUGAUCCCGAGAGGUUCCUCGCACAAAAAGAAUACUUCGGCAAUACAGCAAACAGCCUUUCAAAUCAUGGUCCCAAUCGUCAAAACCCAAGAUUUGAAGCAGGUAGACCGACGUUAACGCAUACUUCGCCUGUUAAUGGCAACUAUAACAAUCAAACCGCAUUCACCACGGAUGAUUACCUAAACAAAUGCCAAUCAAUGUUCCUUGAUGCAUCGACCGAUUCAGCGGUGAUAAAAUAUGCAUCGUCAUUUCCGAGUCCAACGGGGAACUCGGCUAGCCACAAUACUCUGGGUUAUCGAGCAAGAGUAGACGAGCCAAAACAACAUUUUAAUUUGACUACGCAGUCUCCUGUCAACGAUUCUGCUACAGUUGAUCGUAGAAACCUAUCUGGCAAUGGUGUCGAGAAAUUUCAUGAGAUUUCUGCCGACGCUCAAGGUCUCGAAAUCCUCGCCAAUGUGUUCGCAAAAACUCCUGAAAAAUGCUUGGGCUUAGGCAAACAAUCUGCAGCACUCCAAGAACCUCAAAAAGACAAAUCUGCAUCCUCUCGCAGUUCUUCAUCUGAGAAAACCGCGAAUUCUGCUAGUAGCUCGCUCCCUGACUCGCAGCGAUCUUGGUGCAAUCUUCGGAGUCACAGGAUCGAGCUGCAUCGAAUUCUCAAAAUGAGCUUGUGCAAGCUGCAAAGAGUUCCAUCGACCGUCAGCAUACAUCUGAAGAUUUGGCUGUUAUUUUUACUUCAAACGAUGCAGAUGGAUCGGGACCAAAAAAAGGUCACAAAAUUUGCUAGUACUCCCUCAUUGACACGCAAAGACAUUGGUGACAUCUUUGCUUCCAAUGGACCAGACAAGUCAGAUUAUUCUGAUGUGGCAGAACAAUCUUCAAGUCCUCUUGGUAUGCGUCCACAUGGGCCCAAGAGUUCGAGCAAUGCCUCUGGGUUGAAUGAUUCACAUGCAUCGGCGUCCAAGCAAGUCUCGGAUCCUACUGACAAUAUCUUAUUAACACAUAAGGACGUCGGUGAUGUUUUUGCUUCAAAUUCACCACAAGUACCACCGAAUUACGAGACUGGAAACCCUGCCAAUGCUCUACUUCAUACUUCUGCGCAUUUGGGUGAUAUAUUUGCGUCAGAUUCUCCAAUAAAAAACAAACAACGUACCGUCUCGCCGACAUUUAUGAAUGGAGACGAUGUCUAUGACAAGAAAAGCAUUGGGUCUUGGACUCGACGUGCCGAGCAUCGAGUUUCAACAAGUACUCAGUCAGGCAAUGAGAAGGAGAAUUUGAUUGCCACUCCAUCAACUCAAGAUGGCUCUCCAAAGAGUAAAUCUAGCUUCAUGGAACGUAUCCGAACCACAAGCAGUGUCGUACAGAAGAACCAAAUCUUGAAGAAUUUGCUAAACCUUCAACCCGUAGCUCAUUCACCUGUUGCUGCACCUGUUCACGUCUCUUCGGCUAAUGCUCAAGGUAUUGUCCCACUUCAGAAUCGAGGCUCUGCAGCUGCAUCUCUAGCUCCUGCCAUGGUCAAUAUGGCAGCGAUCAGUAAAUCUUCAACGGUCAGCUCACCACUAGGCAUAGCUAGUCCAAGCACACCAGAAAAUCGCUUACGUAUUCGUCUUAAUCAAUCUUCUCAACGUUCUCCAGAGCAUUUGGGAAAUGAGGACUACCUUAAUUGCUUGAAAGAAAUUGCUCGCCACGCAUCCAUUAAGCGACGUCAAUCCGAAUUAAAAUGA